AUGUCUGGGAUCACCGCUAAAGACGCUUGCAAUGACUGUUUAACAUCAGCGCAGCAUCUGAACUCCACGGACAUUUACUCCCAUUCGCAUAUUGAUGAAGAUGAUGAACUUCUCAAGUACAUCUGGAGGGAAUAUUUGCAUCCUAAACAAUAUGAAUGGGUGCUCAUAGCUGGAUAUAUCAUAGUUUUCCUUGUCUCUCUGGUCGGAAACACCUUGGUUUGUUUUGCAGUUUGGAAAAACCAUCACAUGCGCACAGUGACCAACUACUUCAUCGUGAACCUGUCCUUCGCAGACAUCCUGGUCACAAUCACAUGUCUUCCUGCGAGUCUUGUGGUGGACAUUACAGAAACCUGGUUCUUCGGACAGACCCUGUGCAAGACGCUACCUUACUUACAGACAAUCUCUGUGUCUGUAUCAGUUCUGACACUGAGCUGCAUUGCCCAAGAUCGCUGGUAUGCUAUCUGCCACCCCCUGAAGUUCAAGAGUACUGCCAAAAGAGCCCACAAGAGUAUCGUUCUGAUCUGGCUGGUUUCCUGCGUAAUCAUGAUUCCACAAGCCGUAGUCAUGGAAUGCAGCAGUCUGCUCCCAGAGCUCACCAACAAAACCAGCCUGUUCACCGUGUGUGAUGAACAGUGGGCAGAUGAAAUCUACCCUAAAGUGUACCACACCUGCUUCUUUAUUGUCACUUAUUUUGCUCCAUUAUGUUUGAUGGUCCUGGCAUACAUUCAAAUCUGUCAUAAACUCUGGUGUCAACAGAUUCCAGGAACAUCAUCGGUGCUUCAAAGGAAAUGGAAGUCGCUGCAGUGUUCUGCCCAUGCUGUAGGCUCAGGAGAAUCGGUGAAAGUGAGAACCAGCACUGUCUCAGCGGAGAUCAAACAGGUGAAAGCCCGACGGAAGACGGCACGCAUGCUGAUGGUGGUGCUGUUUGUGUUUGCACUCUGUUACCUGCCCAUCAGUGUUCUCAACAUCAUGAAGAGAGUAUUUGGUGCUUUUAAGAACACAGACAACAGAGAGACUGUCUAUGCCUGGUUCACCUUCUCACACUGGCUUAUAUACGCCAACAGUGCCGCCAAUCCAAUUAUCUACAAUUUCCUCAGUGGUAAAUUUCGAGAGGAGUUCAAAGCAGCGUUCAUCUGUCAUUGCUCCGGUAGAGAUGUGACACACAAGGAGAGAGUCAGAGCGAGAACCAGCACAGAUAGCCGCAAAUCUCUGUCUACCCAAGUAAACAAUUUUGACAACAUCUCCAGGAUAUCUGACCAGGCUGUGUAGCUCCAUCAUGAGAAGGGUUUGCUGGGUUAAUCCUACUGGGUGCCACCAGUCACCACCGCCGAUUAGAAUAACACAGACGCGCUGUAUGUUUUGACCUGCGAGACUAACGGAUGGAAGGAUUGAAUAGACCUAUUAGCCCCAGAGAAUUACCCUCACGUU